CACUGUCAGAUCAGCUCAUCUUGACCUUAUCGAUGCUCGUCGAGUCUCGGAGUCCAGAUGUUGUAUACGUGGACCCAACAUAAGGCUCUUCACGUAGAGAUCGAUUCUCGAGCUACAGCCCUUUGCAUAGACCAGGAUGGUGACGACGACACAAUUAUGCACGUUGACACCAUGACUCAGAAACUUCUGCAACCUGCAUGAAUUCGGAGCCAUCUCAUGUCCAUUGUUCUCUUCUUCGUGCUCUUCCUCCUGUUAUCCUUCAUCUUCGUUCUCUUAAUUACUUUGUCAUAUCUACGUAUGCGAUUGCAGCUGCCCGUAUGGAAACUUCGCAUUAUCUCACCAUUUUCGGCCGAGGACCAGUGCCGUGUGCAGUCAUUCAGAACAUGGGACGUUUUGAGUGCGUCUGUAUUGUAUUACUGUAUUCUUUACCCCAUAAUUCCAAAACCAUUUGCCAUUAAAUACCAACCCGUUCGGAUUUUAUUACGAAACAAACAGUAUGCACGAGAUUCACCAGUUCGAUGGAACGUUGAUAAACAUUGAGCAUCGAGUACACGCUGAAGCCAAGGGCUCGGUCCUAUUCUCAGGACG